AUUUGGUUAAAGAAAGUAUUGUUCAUAUACUUUCAAUCUUGUUACUAUAUAUUAUGCAGGUACUUACUCCACCCUCUAGCAUGACGAUCCCACGCCCGUAACUCUUAUUAAGUGCGACAUUGGGAGAAACUACACAUUUCCUCCUCAUGGCAUCGAUUAGCUUGUCCUCAUUUUACUCUCCCUAAUACGUGCUCUUGUUAACAAAUCAGUAACAAGCAUGCUUUUUCUACAGUUGGUGCUUCUCAGCGUGUUGUUGUCAUCAGAUGCGGCAAUAUCCGUACGAAGCAGAUAUGCUUUUUCUACCUAUCGCGAGGGAAAAUUUCUGAAGACCAGAAAUAUCUUGGCAGAACAUCGAGGUUUUACCAUGGUUCAAUGUUUGAUAUCUUGUAUUAAAACUCCGAAAUGUAUGUCAUUUAAUUUUGGCAAGAAUAUCUGUCAGAUCUUGGGCACUCAUCUUUGUGAAAGGGCUGGAAAACGUUUGACACCUUCAGAAGGAUUUUCUUAUUAUGAUGUUGCGACUGUUGACCAAACUGAGGAAGAUGGCAUUCUUUGGAAUACGCCUUACUGUUAUCAAGAUAGUUUAUGUUCCAGACGUUGCGAAGCAAUUAUUCCCAUGAAGACACUAAAUAAAAGCUGCGAAAAAAGUAUUGAUUGUCAACUUGUAUCCGGAGAGUUAUCCUUGUGCAGAGACGGAAUAUGUAAAUGUGAAGAUGGUUACUGGAUUAAGAAUCCUAUCGUUUGCGAUCCAGUAUCUCAUCCAGAUUACAUCCGCUUUGGCACAAGGUAUUUCAGGAUUUCUUCCGAUCAUUUAACUUUCGAAAAUUCCGUAGAACAAUGCAAAAAAGAAAAUGGUACCCUGGUUAAAAUAGAAGAUGCGGCUACUUACAACUUCUUGCUGAAAAUUAUGAAACAAAAGAAGAUAAAAAGUGCGUGGGUUGGAUUGAGCGAUAAAGUCGAAGAAGGUACUUGGGUUUGGACGGACGGAACCGAAUUAGGAAGCAUACAUUUUUGGGCCGAGAACGAACCAAAUAAUUUGCAUGGAAAUGAAAACUGUGUGGAAAUAACCUCCGUUAUAAAGUAUAAAUGGAACGAUGCCGAUUGUAAUCUCGAAAAUGCUUAUUUUUGUCAAUUUAACGGCAAUAGAAUACGUCCAGAUUUUCCAGAUGAAGAAAUUGGCAAUUUAGAUAAUGAACUAUACAGCAUCGAUGCAAGAAGUAAGAAAAGUAAUCGGAAUAUUUCUACACUUAGAGUUCGAAAAGCUCCUUUCGGAGCUCAGCGCGAUAAGACGACGACACGAAAAUUUAAAAAGAGAAUUACAAAACUUGAUGAUCCGUCACCAAGAAUUGUGGACUUUCGUAAAUCAGUUCAACACGAAAUUCAAAUUGGUUCUCGUGAUUCUUUAUUUCGGAAUAAUUUGGGGAACGAGCUUUUUGUAUUACGCGUACUUGUACCUUGUUAUGCACGAGCUUGUAAGAAUUUGGUUCUUCCUGGCAAUGAUUCUGAUGUCUUUCGUCUGCAUUAUAUACAGUUGUUUGCUAUGCUGCGUAGCUUUUACGAUGCAAAAUGCAUUUCAGGAUAUUCGGCAAUUUGCAACGUGCGAUUUGGAACUGCAAAAGAAGCUAAAAGUAUUGGAUUUCAUGAAAAGAUUUGGGAAAGUCCCCAUGUGUCUCUCGAUUGGAGGUUUCUUCUACGUCGACAAGAGGAUCCCUUUCAAGGAAAUUAUUUUCACUUCGCUAUUUAA